AUGAAAAACUUGUUAUUUACUCUUUCAUUGGGGUUAUUGAACAAUGAAAAUUUCGUUAUAAAUUCUCAAGGCAAUAUAUUACCCACAUUGGAGAAGAUAAUUAACGAUUAUGAUUUUAGUUACAAAAUUCUUGAUUUGAGCCAAGUGGAGAAUACCGGUGAAUUUAUUGAUGAGAUCACUUAUGACAAGAACGGUUUACAUAUCUAUGAAAUCGUAGUAUUAAAGAAUCUUGAUAGAAUUGGGGACUCAUUUCAAAGAGACUUGGUUAGGUUGUUCAAUGGUUUGAAGGAAUAUGAUAGUAAUUUGAGUAGAUUAGAGCCUAAAGAUCAUGUUGUAAUCAAUGGGAAGAAGAUAUUUAAAAGUGAAUAUCGAUGUUUCAUAGGUAUUAACACUAUAUCUGAAACCCCCGUCAAGUUAUAUAAGAAUUUAAAAGAAUGCUUUUGGUUCUCACAAUUUGAACAAGAAACGAAUAAAGAUUGGAAGGUUUUCGACAAUUAUCGAGAAACUUUAUCGUUAGUGAGACAAAAUAUCGAUAAUGUCUAUAUGUCUCCAGAGAUUCUAUCAUAUAUCACUUCCUUAAUUAUUCAUACAAGGAAUCAUCGAUUAAAUACUAUAAAUCAAAUUCAGACCAGAUUACAUACAAAUACAAUUGAAAAAAUCAUUAAAUUAUCCAAAUCAAUUGUUGCAUGGAAAAAUCCAAACACUAAGGAUUUAUACUUAACACCUCAAAUAUGUCAAUUAGCAUUUAGGAAAAUCGGCUACUGGUUAGUUGAUUGGGAGAAUUCCCAAAUAUUCAAUUCAAUUCAAGACAAAGAUUUAGAGAAACGACGUCAAUUAAUCAUUAAUAUGUUAGCAGGGGAAUGGUAUGGUAGUGAAUGGAAAUAUGUCAAACAAUAUAUGAAAGACCAUGAAUCAAAAUUCGAUGAAAAUUCCAAUACAGGAUUUACUAAUAGUAUCAUUGAAGAUGUUAUUAUAAAUGUUAGACCACCCAUCUAG